GUCUCCUGUCAGACAGACAGACAGACAGCAGCUGUCUCCUGUCAGGCCGCUCAGCAGCGGCUCUGAUCUGAUCUGAAAGCAGUUAUCACAGUUUGGGACGUUUCCUUCAGACCUUCAUGUUGAAACAUCUCGUCCCGUCUGUUCGCUGAGCCGCUCCGCCACACAGACGCUCCGCCGCCGUUUCAAAGUGCUGAUUUUGGUAAAUGACUAUAAUUACUCCUCCUGCGCGGCGGCCCGAGUCCCAGCGGCGCCGGGCUCGCCGCUUGAUUGACAGCUCUAUUUUUAAGCCUUCCCGUGGACAGCGGGGCGCGGAGCGGGAGGGGAACGGGACGUGACGGCUGCUGAGGAGAUGAUGGACGGUUUGUCUCCGACGCUCCGCUCGUCCUGCCGGGAGGCCUCGGAGCAAGGCACCGACCGCCAGCAUCGAGCCCAGACGGACUCUGCUGGUCUGGGCCCCCCCUGUUCAGAUGUCAUUAUAGACUGGAGGUCUUCACAGGUCCACGAGACUCCUAGAAACAAAGACCCGACCCAGGACCCGAAUUGGGCCGAGUCCAAAUUACAAUAAGUGGAUCUGGUCCAGCAGGUCUCAGGUCUGUGUGUCAGUGUGUCCUCAGGCCCCUUCUGGAUCAGGUCUAAUUAACCUCAGUUCUGGUUUCAGACUGGGUCUGACUGUGCUUGGGUCCCUUGUAGAUCGGGUCUAGUUAUCUUUGGGUCUAUUUUGGACCGGGUCUUACCAGCCUCACGUUCCCUCUCGGACCAGGUCUGGUGAUCUACCCUCUGGUCCGUAUUUAAGUGCAGUACUUGAGUAAAGUUCCUGCAGGUCAGACUGACCCGCUGCCUGACUCGGGUCCUGAUCCCGGACCCGCAGAGACGGAAUGAACCCUGCUUCAGUUCAUUCUGGAACAAACAGUUUCAGCCUGAGACCUGAACCUGCAGAGUCCAUGUGGACCCUGACUGACUCCCUCAGCUUUGCUCUUUUUGUUUGUUUGUUUCCAACAAGAAGAAUUACUCAGAGUUAGAACUCAUGUGUUUAUAUGUGAGUUUUGAAAAUAUUUCCUGUCGCUGUGUGAACAAAAAACUUUCAAAAUAAGAAGUGAAGCUACUGCGCAUGUCCACUAAAUCAGCUGUGAAGGAGGCGGGGCUUCCGUGACGAACCAGGAAGAGUUCCCCACGCGCGUUGGUGAUCUUCCACGGUGUGUUGGUGAUGACGUCAUCAGCAGAGGACCAGCUGUGCCUGAACAUCAGCAGCAGUUUCUCCUCCUCUUCAUCAUCCAGGAGGAAGCCUCUGACUGCUCAGCAGAGAUGGGCCACAAAGAAGCAGCGAGCAGAGAAGAGGAGGCUCAGCUCCUCAGAGGAGCAGAGGAGACGGCAGCUCAGUGACACAGCAGAGGAGGAGGAGCCGGAGGCUGAAGCCCCUCCUCCCGCAGACACUCAGUCUCCAGCCACUGAGCAGGCACCACCGAAGAAGAAGACGAAGACGAAGGAGAAGGAUGGAGCGAAGGAAACAGGAAGGAGCAGCAUCAAGACCUCCUCCCUGUUCAAACACAACCCAGAUAUCCCCGAGAUCCACAGGCCUGUUGUCUCUCAGUUAAAGGAGAAGAUUUUCACCAGUGACUCAUUUUCAGACCUGGACCUGCACCCACACCUGGUGGCCACACUGAACAAAGUCCUGAAUGUUUCCACAGUGACCAGUGUUCAGAAACAGACUAUUCCAGUUCUUCUGUCGGGACGAGACGCCGUAGUUCGAUCUCAGACGGGCUCAGGUAAGACCCUGUCCUACGCCGUCCCCCUGGUUCAGAGUCUGCAGGCGGUUCGGCCGAAGGUCAGCAGGUCCGACGGUCCUCUGGCCGUCAUCAUCGUCCCGACCAGAGAGCUCGCCCAGCAGACGUUUCAGACCUUCCAGAAGCUUCUGAAGCCGUUUACCUGGAUCGUCCCGGGCGUCCUGAUGGGAGGAGAGAAGAGGAAAGCAGAGAAGGCCAGGCUACGUAAAGGCAUCAACAUCCUGGUUUCAACCCCAGGACGUCUGGUGGAUCACAUCAAGAACACUCUGAGCAUCGCCUUCAGUGCUGUUCGCUGGCUGAUCCUGGACGAGGCCGACCGGACGUUGGACCUGGGUUUUGAGAAGGAUCUGACCGUCAUAUUAAACAGUCUGAACUCUACAGGACCGAGCAGACAGAACGUCCUGCUGUCGGCUACACUGACUCACGGUGUGACUCGGUUAGCGGAUGUUUGUCUUAACGACCCAGUCAACGUCCACGUGUCUGGCCCCGCCUCCUCUGACCUCACUACCAGCUCUACCGUGACCUCUGACCCCAGCACAGCCAGCCAAUCAGAGAGCUUUGCUGUACCAGAGGCUCUGAAGCAGUUUGUGGUGGUGGUUCCCAGUAAGAUCAGACUGGUCUGUCUGGCUGCUUUCAUACUGGACAAAUGCAAGUUUUCUCAGAACAACAAACUCAUCGUCUUCGUCUCGAGCUGCGAGGCCGUCGAGUUCCUCCACUCUCUCUUCACCUCCGUCCUCUCUGGGCCCUCGACCAAUCAAAAGCCUCAGCUCAGCUUCCUGCGUCUCCAUGGCAACAUGAAACAGGAGGAGCGCUCAGAGGUCUUCCAGCAGUUUGCAGUGUCUCAGUCUGGAGUCCUGCUGUGUACGGAUGUAGCAGCCAGAGGUCUGGACCUUCCUCAGGUCACCUGGAUCGUUCAGUACACUCCUCCGUCGGCAGCAGCAGAGUACGUUCAUCGUGUCGGUCGGACGGCUCGUAUCGGAGGAAGAGGAAGCAGCCUCAUCUUCCUCACUCCCGCUGAGACCGCCUUCAUCACCGAGCUGGCCAAUCACAACAUCAGCCUAUCAGAGAUGAAGCUGCUGGACAUCCUGUCCAGUCUGAUGAUGGAUGACACCUACAAGGGGCGGGGCAAAUACCACAGCAAGUCUGUGGUGAAUAACCGGCGGCCGUCUCUCUGGCAGAGCUCGUCCGGCGCUCUGCAGCAGGAGACCCGGGAGCGAGCCACCGUCCUGCAGACGGAGUUCGAGAACGCGGUUCACUCAGACGCUCAGUCGUUACAGGCCGCCAAGAAAGCGCUGCAGUCCUUCCUGCGGGCGUACACCACCUACCCCGCUCACCUCAAACACAUCUUCCACAUCCGCUCGCUCCACCUGGGACACACCGCCAAGAGCUUCGGCCUCAGAGACGCUCCGCAGGGCCUGAGCGCCGCCGCGGGCCCCGCGGGCCCCGGGGCCAACAACCACAACAAGUACAAGAACCACAACAAGAACCGGAACCAGGCCGGGAGUCCGGUCAAGAACCGGAACCAGGCCAGGGGCAGCCAGACUGCAGGACAGGGCAGACCUGGAGAAAAGAGGUUUCCUCCUGGGCAGAGGGAGGCCAGUCUGAUUCGCUCUGAGUUCUCCAGCGGGCUGGAGGGAGGAGACGCCAAGAAGAAGAAAAAAAAGAAGCCGUCAGGAGAGGAGGAGGAGGAGUAAUGAGGAGGUGCAGCAGCUGGAGUGCCCAUGAGCAAAGCGACAACCUGCAGCUGCGCGACGACGUCUCGCUGUUAGAAAGACGUUUAGUUCUCAGUCGAGUCCGUUAGACGACAAUCUGGCAGAACUAGCACAGAAACUUCUCCGUGUUGAAACGUAACGGAGCCGAAGACUGAACGUGUUUUUCUGAUGUUUGUUUUGUUUCAUUUCCCACAAAUUCAGAAUCAUGUGAUCAGGAUGUUUGCGUGCUUAUUUGUAUGAUACUCAAAUAUAAAUAACAUGUAUUUCUACAGCUGGAUGUCUUUGGUGAAGCAGUGAAAAGAUUUAUUUUUCUUUGUUGGAAAAUAAAAUUGCAUUUUUACUCUUGAA